UGCCCGAGGAGUAAGAGGAGGGGGGAAGGAAAAAAAAACAACACAGAGUGGCGCAUUUUGCGUCGGCCGACUAAACCCAGGAAGGAAGGGGAGAGGACGAGCUUCGCCAGAGGGAGACGGAAAUGAGAGGAAACUCUAUCCCUUUAAGAGCAAGUGGGACAUAGCGGUGCGAGAAAAGGAGAGGAGGGGGAGAAGAAAGAGGAAUUAAAAAAGAAAAGGAAGAAAGAGACAGGGAGGGAGGAGGGAGAGCGGGCGAUAAAAAAAGAAAGAUGACAUCCUCGUAGCUGAACGGCCGAGGUGGAGCGAGAGGCUGCGGCCCGGCGAGAGCGCCUCGCGCCGGGGUCAGGGCUUGAAUCCAACGCGAGGCUUCGACAAACAGCCGAUUGGCCUAUUGGGAGAAAUCGGAAAAAAUAGAUUCAUAAAUUAAAAACAAAGCAUGACCUGCUGUGCUACCAGAUACGUGUGUUAUAACCCAUAUGUGCUAUCCUUCUUAAAAAUGUUUUUAAUGUCACGUAGUGUUUUUUUGUUAAUUGCUAAAAUGUAAUACUGUAAUAUGCGUUUUAUUGUUUUUUGGAAACAGUUAAGUUCUGUGAUAUUGCGUUAUAGUCAAAUAAGUAUUUAAUUAAUGAAAGUUAGAAACCAAAGUGAAAUAGAAACAGGCCAUUAUUUGAGCUGGCCUGCGUGCUGCAGCCUGCGUGAGAGCGUGCAUUUUAAUGGACAGCAUUAGGCUACCUCAAUGAGAAAAACAUAUUUUUGCAAACGACUUCAUUCACGUUUUUUCGAGCAAAUCCGGGAGCCCGUCGUUCCUGCUGCAGGACAGGCGUCUGUUUAUCGCCACGAUCGCCGGUUGAUCGAUCCAAACCAUGCAAAGAUUUCUCUCCCCGAUCACAAUCAAGAGCUGACUUUAUAAUCUCCAUCGCUGUGGCGCAAAAUGGAUGCUGCUUGGGGCAAUUUUCUCUUCCAGAAUACUCCCACCCAAAACCAAGUGGAGGGGAGCCUCCAAUCAGAGCUCAUGUCUGUGCAUACGAGUUCUCCCCAAACCCCACCCACAGAGCACAUAGCUCAGCCUCCUUCAACGGUGGACACUGCUGCUCUCAGUGAGGAACCCCUGCCUGUGAAGCCCGUGUCUCGGCCAGCCCGCGUGCCCCACAUCUGUGCCAUCUGCAACAAGCAGUUCAAGAACAACUACAACCUGCGGCGGCACCAGUCGGUCCACACUGGGGUACGCAUGAAGGACAGGGCCAGAGAGCAGGCGGAGGGGGCAAAGGAGGGAGCAGCCGGCCAGGUGGCUGUGGCGGUGGCCGCCCCGUCGGCGAUGGCGGUGGGGGCUGGAGGGAGGGCGGAGAGGCAGACUAUUCCCCUCUCCCUGCUUCACCUCUCCGCACCUCCUCCUCUUGCCCCUCCCGGCUUGCUGGCGGGGGCCCAGCAGCCUCCCCUGGGUAGUCAGGAUGGUGAUGGGGUCGCCAUGCCAAACGUAAUGGCUAGUGUUAACCCCCACGCUCCGCCUCCUGCUGCUGUCGUCAUGACCUCAGGGGCGACAGUACAGCGGCCCUCCAACCCCAACCCCAACCCUGUGAGGAAGAACCACGCCUGCGAGACAUGCGGGAAGGCUUUCCGUGAUGUUUACCACCUCAACCGCCACCGCCUGUCCCACUCAGACGAAAAGCCGUUUUCCUGUCCUAUCUGUCAGCAGCGCUUUAAGAGGAAGGACCGCAUGAGCCACCAUGUGCGCUCGCAUCAGGGCGGCGUGGAGAAACCCUACGUCUGCCCCCACUGUGGCAAAGCUUUCUCCAGGCCGGACCAUCUCAACAGUCACGUCAGACAGGUGCACUCCUCUGAGCGACCCUUCAAAUGCCCGACCUGUGAGUCCAGCUUUGCCACAAAGGAUCGAUUGCGUGCACACAUGAUUCGCCACGAGGAAAAAGUCCCCUGUCACAUCUGUGGCAAGCUCCUGUCAGCUGCUUACAUCACAGACCACAUGAGGGUGCACAACCAAUCACAGCACCACGCCUGCCAUCUCUGUAACCGCAGUUUCACCACACUGACGUACCUUCGUGUCCAUGCUCAGAAACACCAUGGUCAGGAGUGGAAGGACAGCCCGGGGGGGUUCGGCGGCACGGCCACCGGUGGCGUCCUCGUCUGCCAAUUGUGCGGCGUCCACUGCAAGACCCCCACGCAGCUCCAAGGGCACAUGGGAACCCACAACAACAACCAGGGUGCCCCAAGCCCCAUCACCUCUAAUAUUGCUGCCAGCAGCUCUGUCUCCCUUAGCAACAUGGUGACGGCACCUACAGUGUAUGUCACUGGCAACACUGUGGUGGACCUGCUCGUCACGGACUGCUCUAGCAUCGCAGCACCACAGUCCCACAGUUAGCAGGACGGAGCUCAGCAAUAAUAACAUUGGUCUUCUAACAGAGGGUAAGGUUAGAGAAGGUUAAAGUGACACGUAGAUGCUGAUCCACUUUCUCUUGUCUAAAGUCCACACUUAUUGGUAAGGUUAGGAUUAAGGGUGGAGGAGAUUAACAGCAGUAAAGCGCUCAAGGGCAGCAUCACCUCAGUGCUGCAGAGAAAAAGGAAGAGCUGUGUUAAAAGAGCAGAAAGUCACAGAAAACGGGGGUGUUUAUGGCUACACUAAAGACAAAAAUGAAUAUGUUGUCUGAAUGCUCAGAUAAGAAACUGUGGUAUUGUAAGCAUCUACUGUGUUACUGUUCCCUCUCUGCCCUCUCUCUCUCUCUAUCCUCCCUCCCUCACCCCUGGCGUCAGCUGCUCUCUGCAAGUGCACCAAGUACUGUAUAUGUCACACCAGCUCUGAUCUUACCUCCAUUUUGCAGCUCACACUAAAAAAAAAAUCCAAAUGGCUUGCGUUAAGAAAUAGAGAAAGAAUAGUUUGAUAGAAACUAAGUAAAACAUUAGGAAAGGGAAGUUGUGUGUAAGCAUGUUAGCGUCACAAGGCUAAAAUCAAUGUUUGAUUUUCAGAGUAUAUAGAUCAGAACAGGAGGCCAUACCUAAGUGUUGUGGUCAGUAUGGAUUUGUGGGAUGUACUCAUUGUUUUUUUGUUUCUUAAAGGUACAGAGAUAAGAAUAGAGUUGUGUUAGGAAUGUCAAGCACCUUAAAUUAUUGUGGUUUGAUUCAGCGAGGAUCAAAAUGGGCUUCUUGAAUUUUUCUUCCUCUGAGUCUUCCUCUCUGGGUCUGGCUGUCUUAAAAAAACACAAAGAAGAAGUAAGAAAACAUAACUGAAAAUCAAAUCUUCUUCUGGCUUCUGACAUGGCAAACUCCUGCACCUGAAAACUACCUUUUUGCAUGAAAGAAAGCUAGCUCAGUCAUGCUUAUUGUUAGGGAAGCGUAGUGAUGAGAGAAACACUUAGCCGUUCCGAUACAUUAGUUGGCUGUAAACGAUUAUAUUUAUAAAAGUGUUGAUUUUAUUCAGACAUAGUCAGACAUUGACCAUAUUCACAUGGCGGCUAUUUUUCUUUCGAGUCAUGCUAGGAUGAUAGCCAUUGCACUGCUUUGUUCUAUGAUUUUGUCCUUAAAGAUUUUAAUCUGAAAAGUCAGUAUCACAUUACAAGUUCCUGAUUGAUCCGCAAAAGAAAGUAAAAUUCUGAAAAGACCACAGACCUUAUUUUUAAAGGUUAAAAACUGUUAGCUUUCUUUCUCCUGCUGGCUAGCAUUACCCAGAAAGUGGGUUAAUGCUAAAAUCAUAGUUAGCUGGUGUAGAUGAUUAACCUAGAAUAAGAAACGUGCCAUUUUUAGCUAAAGGUAAUAGGACUUUGAAAGUAAUGGAUGCUAAUAGAAGCUCUUGUUUAAAGUCUGUUUAAAGUUGAAGCAGAAAUUAGUCAGUUAAUACACCAGACAUGUUGGGAAAUAAAAAGUUGCUGUAAAUAGAGAGGAGUCUAGCUGCAGACUGAUGGUCUCAGAUGUUAGCUUGAGCAAAAUGAGCUUUAGCAAACAUAGCUGAAGCCAAUGUAGCUUUUUCCUGUAGGCAGACUGUUUAGACUGCUUUAGUUAAGGCCUUGAUAAACAUUUGUAGUUAAGUUUUUCAGGUCAGGGUUUUUUUUUUAACUUUUGGUAUCCUAAACCUAACUGAAGUUCGAUCUGAUUUUAUUUUCAAAGUUUUAGGGUGUAUUUCCAUUACCUGACUGAGGCAUCUAUCAGUAGUGGUCUGUAGUCUGCAGCCAGACUGUCUUGAAUUGUGUGUGUGUGGAUGGUGGGGGUGAUCUGCAGUUUUGCUAGCUAGACUAGCACAACCUCCAUUUUACAUGGCAUGGGCAUCUUCUCUGGAGACAAGGAUUUGAACAAACUGCACUGCAGAUUUUUACACUUUAGAGAGGCGCGUCGUUUCUAACCAGCGGGUGUGUUUCAUUGCAUAUCAACAGCAUCUUAGGGCUGAGAUUAUUGUUUCCCAUUUCAUGAUUUUAAAACUUAAUUUUAUACACUUAGUGAUGAAUUUCAUCUGGAAAAUGUGGCCUGGUGGUAACUAACAGCCUGUCUUGUAUUGAAAGCUUAAGAUAUAUAAUGUUUUGUUUCACAAGGACUUUGAUGUAGCUAAUGGGUUAUAAAACACAUAGUGUCAACCUGAAAUACUGCCCAAUUUUUGGAUGCAAUUUUUUUCUUUUCGGUUGCUGAUCAAUCAGAAUAUAUAAGUUUUUUAUUUCUGGCACAUGUGGGAUGAUCAAUCUGUAACACAGCAGUGCAACAUCACAGUAGUGCUUUAGCUUCUCAUCCUCAGUGUCAUGCCAGGGGAAAAUGGCAGCCAAAUGAAUGUGAUGAAUUCAUUUGAUUGUAACCAUCAUUGCCAUAGUCCAUUUUUGUCUUCUCUCUGUACCAGUCCAAUGAGUGAGACUUAUGCAUUAGAUUUAGUCAUUUAACUCUGUAUAGCACAUCAUGGUCUGAAUGCAAGUCAUUAUUGUUCAUUAUUAAUCAUGUUACUGUCUGUUGGAUAUUUUUCUGUUGAUCUGAGUUAUAUUGUGAGUGAUGUGGUGUUGAGAAAGGGCAUAUAAAGUCAUAAGUGUGGAGAAAAAAUGUACUUUUGGAGUCUGAAAACACCACUUGGUAUGCUGUAAACAAACCUGGUUUUGUACUGGAGUGCUUUUUCAGUUUUGUGUUGAUAUGUUACCUUGAAAUUUGUAGUUGUUUUUUUUUUCUUCCUUUUUUUCUUUUCUUUUUCCCUUUGGAAAUGUGUUCUUCCUGUUGAGAAAAGUAGUGAUUUCUGGUUGAUUUUAGUUUUUCUCUUCAUAACACUAAAAAAAUAAUACCUCUGCUCUAGGAUUCUGUACAGCUCUUGUGAUACAUCUUAAUGCCUUAUCGUACUCAACUGCAUUUUAAUUAUUUUAUGAUGAAAUAUUUCAGAUCUUAGUCAUGGAUUCAUUAAGAAUAAUAAUGGGAUGUAUUUAUAUUUAUAUUUUUAUAUUUCUCAACAGUAUGCAUGUCUAAAAGGUUGUUAGAGCAAAAAAAAAUCAAUGAUGCUUACUACAGUCAUAAAUAUGUUAUUUUGUAGAUGAAGUAGAAAUCAUGUUAUUAUUUUGUAAUUUGGACAAUUUAAAGUAAAAAGAGUAAUCAGG